ACUCGACUCCAAGACUAGACGUAAGACGAGGGUUGCUGUAGGCCAGCGCCUGUACUGCCCUGAUCAGACUCUAGUGGUAGUAGAUCUAGGUACCCAUCAAAUUUUGACCUGAGGUAUCUCUUUUUGAGCUUAAGAGAUUCGACAUUCUAAUGCGGUGAUAAUCAGUGAAUCUUAUUUUAAUCAAUUUAAUCAAUCAAUCAUAAUGGCGAUGGCGACAGGUGUUUUUGCCCUCUCCCUGACGGCGAUUCCCGUCACUUAUCUGCUUAACGCUCUGCUGGAGAACCGGGAAGAGGGUGAAGUCCUCGCCGUGGGUUACGGCAUGUUGGCCUCCGUAGCCCUGAUGAGCUACCUGAUUGUGCGGCUUUCCAGGGGCUCACAGAAAGUGUCAGAUCCUUUUUUCUAUGUGUUUGCUGUAUUUGCUUUCACAAGCGUGGUGGACAUUGUUCUAGCGAUGGAGUUGGAUGGUAUAAUUGAUAACUUCAUGGCAUCGUAUCUCAAAGAGGGGGAGCCAUACCUGAAUACAGCACAUGGGACUAUGAUCAACUACUGGGAUGGAUCAGGUCAUUACUGCAUGUAUCUUAUGAUGGUUACUGCUAUUGUAUGGGGUCAAAGCUACCGAGAAGUUGGUCUUUACUGGGCAGGAUCCAUCUUAAACAGUAUGAUAGUCUUCAUGCCAGGCAAUGUCUCUGGGAAGUACGGUUCUAACGUGAAGGGUUCUUACUUCCUCAACGUCCCUUAUGUCCUCUUCCCUGUCCUGGUUGCUAUAAAGUGUGUACGUCAGAGCCCACAAACUGAUGUCGAAAGCAGGGAUGUGGUAGCUGCACAUAAAAAGAGUAUCUGGAAGAGGCCUCUGGAUCUGUUCUUUGUUCUCUUUCUCUUCUGUGCCAUCUUGAUCUCUUUCCUACGGAUGGCUGUUGCUUUGAAGAGCCCAGCUUCCAUCGCUGUCUACUACCUCAAUAAUGUUGAGCCAUACUUCCAAGAUCCAGUCUUGUAUCCUAUGAUUCAAGCAUUAGUAUACUGGUUCUACUUUGUACCUUACUUUGUGUGUGCAAUCUACGGCUUCUUCAAGCCCGGCUGUACAUGGAUGUCGGACUGGGCAUUGUUGAGUGCUGGGGCAUCAGCUCAGGGCCAGUUUUCACACAUUGGGGCUUCCCUUCACAGUCGCACGCCGUACAUCUACCGCGUACCUAGUGAUGGUCUUUCAGCUUUCUGGCUGAUCAACAUGGCUCUUCUGCUGGUACCGCAGCUCAUUGCUUGGAGGUGUCUUACCUGGCCAGAGUUCUUUGAGGCCAAACCCUCGGAGAGGAGAGACGGUAAAGCCAGCUUAGAGCAGCAGAAGGAUAAAUAAUAACAAGUAAAUGUUGCAGGUGAUGAUAUAGAAUGAAGAUGAAGCAGUUGAUAUUUCUUAUGUAGAGAGCCAGAAGGGUGUUACUGUUUUUAUUCACCAUGGAUUGAAAUUUUGGACUGCCACUUUGUUUGGAUUAUAACCUGUACGUGACAUGUUAGCUUUCACGUGGUAUAUUGUCCAUUGCAUGGGCUUAGGUCAGUAUUAAAGAGCAUCACUGAAUUACUGUUUAGUUUUAAAACAAGAAUACUAUUGUUAUCAGGAGGCCGGGAAAGGAUACAUGAUUGAAACAGUUGCUUCUUCUCUCUUUGGUUAAAUGUAUAUACUAUGCAGAAUAUAGGGGGGGGGGGGGGUCAUGGUUGGGGCACUCUCCCUGCCCCCUCGAUGCAGUGUAUGAGGGCAUUGUUGGGCACCUCCCUCAUAAUUACCAGGUGUAUGUUAUGCAAUGUACAUGUACGAGGGGCAUGGCUCCCCCAACAUUAAAUGUGUAAUUCCAGUCCAUGUAUGAUGCCAAUCACUCACUACUUAUCGUCAUUGUAAUUUAGGUAGCUUUGGCAAAAUGUAGUGGCAUAAAAAGCCUUGUCCAGAACACAAACGGCAUAACAAUUGGUGACAUCUGUGCAUUACAAGUUGUAAUUUGAAAUUCCUUGAUGACCAUUUUUGUUUGAGUUUGAUAAAGGUAAUGGAGAGCAUUACUAGCUCCAUGUCCUAAUGAUGUUGUUCUACCUCAAUAGCAUACCAAUAUGAUGUUUAACAAUUUUGCAUGGUAUACCAAAAUAAAAUCAGAUUUGACAGGUUAAAGGUCAUCUUGAUUUUAUGAUAAUGAUCAAACAGCACUUAUCAUACAACCAAUUCAACAAAAAUAGCUGCUUAAUAUUGAUAGUUGUAAAUAGAUCCACUUAAUGAUUAUAUAUGAAGAUAAUGUGCAAUGGGCUUAGUAAAUACGAAAUAAAAAUUGGCCUGGAACUCCUUAUUA